AUGGCGAGCCUGCAGCAGGGCGAGAAACAGCUGUUUGAGAAGUUCUGGAAAGGGACCUUCAAAGCAGUGGCCACUCCGCGUCCCGAGAGCAUCAUCGUCGCCAGUAUAACAGCCCGCAAGCCGAUGCCAAGGACAGAGCCCCAGAGCAGUCUCCUGCUCCCAGAUCAGGAUGGACCUUCAGAAAAGCUGGGCCAACAUCUGGCCACUGAGGCCCUUGGUACCAACAGCUGGGGGAGAGAGAAGGCCUGCAGGGAGCUGGGUCCUGCUAGAGCACACAGUGCCUCUCAAGACAGAGACCCGACACCACCACCUUCCUCCAGGGGGAAAAAGAAAAAGAAGAAAUCAACCAGGAAAAAGAGGAGGAGGUCCCCGUCCUACAGCCCAUCGCCAGUCAAGAAGAAGAAGAAGAAAAGCUCUAAGAAACAUAAGCGACACAGGUCUUUCUCCAAGAAAAGGAGACACAGUUCCUGUAGCCCUAAAAGCAAAAGACGGGAAGAGAAGAGGCACAAAAAACAAUCUCGAAGCCGGAAGUCGAACCGACAUAGACAUCACCGUGGCCCCUCAAGGUCCCAGAGUUCAGAACUGCGCUCCCCCAGCUGCGAGAGCAGGCACCGAGGUCGGUCUCCUGAGGAAGGGCGGAAAUCCCGCCGAAUGCACUCCCGCCGCUGCUCCAAGAACCACUGCAAGGUCAGCCCGGAGGCCCGGUCCAGCCACCUGCAAGGCCAGCCCCUCCAGAGGCUCGGCUUCCUGUCAGCCAGGGGUGUAAUCUCUGGGUCGGGGUCCACGGCUGACUUCUUUAGCAAAUCGGCCAGCCCGCUCGCCGCCUCCCGAGGGCGCUCGCAGGAGUACGACUCGGGCAACGACACGUCCUCGCCUCCCUCCACGCAAACCAGUUCGGCUAGGUCUCGGGGCCAGGAGAAGGGGAGUCCCGGUGGGGAUCUAAGCAAGAGUCGGGACCUCAACAGUGGCAACACCUCCGAUUCAGGGAACUCCUUCACCACCUCCUCCCCACAGAACAAGGAAGCUGUCUUGGAGAACGUCUCUCCUACCUGCAGGAGCAGUGAGUCAAGAGGACUUCAGUCUCCAUGUCUCCAGUGUGCAGAGGUGAAGAAGUCUAGUUUGGUCCCAUCCACAGCCCGGAGCUCCCCUAUCAAAGAGUGCUCCCGUAGCUCCUCCUACACCAGCACUCGAUCCUCCAGUCCCUCAUCCAGGUCCCCAAACCCCAGAGCCUCCCCCAGAUACACACGGAGCCGGUCCACCUCCUCCGAAAAAAGGUCCUACUCCCGCUCCCCCAGCUAUUCGUCCAAGUCUGGCAAGCGGAGCCCACCUGGCAGAAGCUCCAGGUCUCGUCGAAGUCCCAGCUACUCCAGAUACAGCCCCAGCAGGGAACGAGAUCCAAAGUAUGGUGAGAAGGAACCACAGCCCCGAGAACGGGCGCGCAGGAGGCGACGGUCCUACUCGCCCAUGAGGAAGCGCCGAAGAGACUCCCCAAGCCACCUAGAGGCCAGGAGGAUAACCAGUGCCCGCAAACGCCCAAUCCCCUACUACCGACCCAGCCCCUCCUCCUCCAGCAGCCUCAGCAGCGCCUCCUCCUGGUACAGCAGCAGCAGCACCAGCAGCAGCAGCAGCAGCAGCAGCCGCUCUGCCAGCCGCAGUUACUCCCGGAGCCGGAGUCCCAGUCGGAGCCGCAGCAGCCGUAGCCAGACCCGGAGCAGGACGCGAACCAGCCGCAGUUCCAGCUCCCGCAGCCUCAGCCUGGGCUCCAGGAGCCGCAGUCGGAACCGGAGCCUGAGCUACAGCUCGGCAGAAAGCUAUGCCAGCACGAGGCGCUAA